UUAAAGGACAUGCAGAAGGAUAUGGAUGAGAAGAUGGAUCUCUUGAUAAACAUACAGAAAAACAACAAGCUGAAGAUUCUGGCAGCACAAAAAGUGAGGCAGGACUCAAUAGAACCCAUUCAUUGUAAGACUUGUGUGAGUAAAGGCCAGCCCUAUCCCAACACUGGGGGAACUGUCUAG